AUGUCGACUCAGUCUGGCAACGAAACUGCAGCAUGGGCUUAUUAUCGAUACUCCCCAUCCCUAGCUGCGGCUAUCAUUUUUACUGUACUGUUCGGUCUGACCACGUUUGCUCAUCUUUAUCAGCUGGCCAGACAUCGCACAUGGUUUUUCAUUCCGUUUGUCAUAGGCGGAUUCUUCGAAUGGGUUGGAUACGUUGGACGGAUCCUAUCUAGUAAAGAGAGCCCCAAUUGGACCAUGGGCCCUUAUAUCCAGCAAAGUUUGCUCCUUCUGCUUGCCCCAGCACUCUUUGCCGCUUCAAUUUACAUGAUACUGGGCCGAAUGAUCCUUCGUCUUGAUUCAGAGAAGCUCUGCAUCUUUAAAAAAAAAUGGUUGACCAAAUUCUUUGUCGCCGGGGACGUUUUAUCUUUUUCAGUGCAAGCAGCCGGCGGGGGAAUUAUGGCUGGUGGCUCGUGGGGUGCGCUUCACUUGGGUGAAAAGAUCGUCGUCGCAGGCCUCAUUAUCCAGGUUCUCUUCUUCGGCUUCUUCAUCAUCACAAGUGCUAUUUUCCAUACUCGCCUCCGCAAAUCACCAAGUGAAAAGUCACUCGCGCUCUCAGGCAUAUGGCAUAAGCACGUCAUGGCUCUCUACAUUGCCAACAUUCUCAUCAUGAUUCGUUCCAUAUUUCGCACGGUCGAGUACGCUAUGGGGAACAAUGGAUACUUGCUCCGCCAUGAGGUUUUCUUGUAUGUUUUCGAUGGAUUGUUGAUGUUCUCGGUCAUGCUAUUGUUCAAUUUCAUCCACCCCAAUGAACUACUCGCCUUUUCGCGGGGGAAGCAUUCGUGA